AUGGUACUUGAACCAUAUCAUACUUUUUCUGGACUCUAUUUGGUUGCUGCAAUGGCCUUACAAUUUUUGUGGAGCUUUAUACUAGCAAUUCUUGAUUUAUAUGCAUUACUCAUAAAGAGAGGCCUUAACAAUUCAGUAUUGCUAAGCUUGUUUGUGGUGGGAGAUUGGGUCACUGCAACAUUGUCACUUGCAGCAGCCUGCUCGGCAGCAGGAGUGACUGUUCUUUUUGAUAACGAUCUAAGCUAUUGUGAUCAAAUACAUUGCCACAGAUAUCAACUUUCUGCUGCAAUGGCCUUCUUAAGUUGGCUAUUGGUCGGAAUUUCAUCUCUCUUAACAUUUUGGCUGUUAGCUUCUGAAUAGCUUUUAUUAUAAUUGAUUUGAACCACAAGAAGUAAAAGAAAAAGGGCACUGUAAAGUAAGCUCCAUCAAAGAAGUUAAGAUAACCUGUUGCUUUGAACAUGUAUCUUAGAACCUCUGUCAUAAGUUCAAGUGGCUUGAUUCAAGGGUCUGCAUAUCCUACUCAACCACUAAGCCUUCUCCAUUUAACCUAUACAGUUAUGACUGUUUGUCUCAUCUGCUUCUUGUAGCUGUGUAAGAGGACUUGAAAAUUGAGUACUCAUAUUUUUUCUCCUCAUUAGCUUUUGGGGCAACGCUUUGGAUUGUGAAUAGUUUAUAAGGUGGCAAGUUGAAAUUGUAUUUGAUCUUAUAUUAAAUUAUAAAAGGAGUCUAUUCCAAUUCACAGAA